AUGAAACUACAGACGCUUGAAUCGUGUUAUCGUAAAAGGUAUGGUGAGAGUUUUCAAAAAGAAAAAGAAAUAACAUUGUUAAAAUUCCUUGAACAAGCUCCCGAUAUUUUCAUUUUAACACAAGCAGCCAGUCAAUGGUACGUCCACAUGAAAGCACCUAAACCUUGUUCCCAAACUCAGGAAUCUAAUGAGAGUUUUGAAACAACACCGCAGAGUAAUUCCACAGAUACUGGCACAAACAAAUCAGCUAAAAAAGGCCCGAAACAAGAUCAAAAUACAUCAAAUGUUCACCCUUUAACACGCCCAAAGUUAGCUUUUAAAGAGGAAAGAGAACACACUCCAAACAAAUGUUCAGAAUUUAAAGACUUCUUGGAAUUUGUGAAACAUUUUCGGGAAGGAAGAAAUUUGCUUUUGAUUUCAAAAAUGGAUUAUAAAAAACACGUAGACUCUCUUGCAAAUAUCAAUUGGUGCUGUGUUUUUGAUUUUGAUGUUAAUAGUCGUGAAAAUGGAUUAUUCUCAAGAGUUGAAGAUGUAUUCAGGAGAAAUUGGAGUGUACUUUACCCUCGCACUUGGACUGAACCCCCUAAUAUUCCAAAAAUCGGGACAGAGUGGUGUUUCAUUUCAGGGGUAACAGACGAACCCGAAAGUAAAACACCAGACGAGUUCAAAAUGUGGUACCCACAUAUAAAAUCCAAGUUUGAGAAACAUAUCAACCAGAUUAUCAAUAUGCUAGAUACUGUAGAACUAUUAACUGUUGUUGCAUUUUGGCCAGAUGAUACCGUAACAGGUAUGAAAUUUCAAAAGAUUAUUUCUGUGCUAAAUGAGUCCAUUAGCCCUCCACCUAAAGUUGUCGUCGUUGGUAAUCCGUCAGAUGUAGACAGUACCCUCAUUAAAAUGAUUUCUCCAGAUUAUUUCCUUACAGAAAAAUUUGAGCACGUAUAUCAUGAUUUGGCAACAAAUCUUGGUCCACAACAGCAACCGGAGGCAUUUAAAUACAGAUUACCAACAGAUGACGGAUGCAACAACACACAAAUCGAUGAUAUCAAAGCAGCCUCUUUCAGGGAAAAUAUGGACAUUCUAUAUCUUGACAAUCCAUAUCCAAACAGCUUCGAUCUUUCUGCGUCCGAGGAGGAAGAAAAACUCUUUUUUAAAGGCGGUACCUUAAGUUGGCAAUUAUACUAUAAAAACGGUCCAAAGCACUUUUACGCUCCGAGAGAUCUCUUUUCAACUAUCAAACAAGACAUAAGUGUGAAUUUCAUUGCUAAAUCUGAACCAGGAUGCAUCAAAGUAUUCCAUGCCCCUGGAGCAGGGGGAACUACUCUAGGUCAAAAUCUGAUUUGGAAAUUACAUAAAAUCACACCAUGUAUUCAGAUAAGAACAGAAUCUUUCGCAAAACCUGGAGACAUCUCUCAAAAUAUUUCUGACCUUUACAAAGAAACCCAUUGCCCUAUCGUCGUUCUGUGCGAUGAAACAGACGACAACACCUUUCAACAGAUUCAACAGCAAGUGAAUCACGAUAUUGUAGUUUUCAUACAUUUAAAACGUGUUUCUGAGAUCAAAGGUGACCUCGGAAAAAACGAGUAUUUUCUAAAAGGGCAUUUGUCUCCUGAGGAAGCUUGUCGUAUAGGACCGACAUUUUUGCGGCAUUGUAAUGAUGAUAUCAGGAAGAAGGACCAGCUCCAAACGCUUGUUGAUGAGGUUAAAAAGGGGAUUAAUCAUCACCUUAUCGAAUUCGGCUUAGUCAUACAUCUUGAGGAGUUCAGGGGAGUGACUUCGUAUGUUUCUGAGUACUUAAAAGAUGGGAAAACCAGGAGUGAGUUAAGUAAAGCGCAGAGAGUUCUGGGUUAUCUGUCACUAGUUCAUUUUUUUGGCGAAGGAAUCAUGCCUUGCCAGAUGUUUGGAACAGUUUUGGGAAAGUCUGCAGAUUACAAGUUAACAUAUGAGGGUUUUCCAAGUAUCAUAAAAGAAUUCACAGUGCCUGUUGGGUCAGGAUCAAACAGCAAUAAAAUGAGGAUCUGUCAUUUUUUGAUAGCAGGGGAAAUCUUAGAACAGCUUUUAUCAAAACAUUCCGUUGAACGUUUUGGCUCUGAUUUGAGUCAUUUGGCUAAAUCCCACCUGCAUACAUUUGUUCUAGAGUUCAUAAACGAUUUGAAAAGUCGUCAAGAGCAAAUACAUCACAAGUCCAAAACAGUCCUUAAUAUUGUAAUACAGACUUUCAUUUAUCGUGAAGAAGCUGAUGACACUCAGCAAAGAAAGAGACGCUUUUCACGACUGAUAGAAAGUAUACCAUCAGAGCCACCUUUUUUUGAACGUCUUCAGGUUAUUGAAACUCUAGCAGAUUCAUUUCCUAGUAGUCCACUUCUGUGGGCACACCUCGGGAGAGCAUAUUCUUUGCUUUGCCCUACAAAACAUAAGAAAACUGAACAGUAUUUUGAAAAAGCAAUAGCGUGUUGCCAAGCUGGAGAAGUUCAAUUUGAUUCCGGAACGGACGAUCACAACGUUGAGCUGAGCUUCGUGUAUCACAUGUACGGAAUGUUCUACUUGCGACAGAUUCAAGCAAAUAUAUCAAACUGUCGCAAAACACAUCAUUCUGAAAUGGAAUUUCAGAGAGCAGUUGUUACUAUACUAACUUUAGCAAAAUUAGCAUGUGAAGCAUUUUCAGAAUGCCGUCGAUGUGGUGUUGCAGGUUCUCGAGAGUCAUUAGGGUGUACAGGAGACAUGAACGUACGUUUGUGCAUUUGUGAGUUACUUAAAAGCCAUUAUAAAUUUGGAACAACCAAAGACCUUCAUGAGAGUUCUAAAAACUCUCAGAUUACUGAUUAUGUCGUGGAAAGCAUUACACAAAUUCAGCAACUAAUCAUGAAAUGUUUUAACAUUGUUGACUUUUCUCGAAUUCACAGAGAAUUUAACCGGAAUGUCGCACGGUAUCAAGCGCUAUUCAGCGGUAUGUCCCCACCAAACUACAUAGAUACCAUCACUAUCCCUGAAUCAUUCGAUACUAGAUAUCAAAAAAUUGCAGGAAUUAAACUGAAAUACGGAAAGGGGGAUAUGUUUGGAACGGUCAGUGAUAUCAAGGAAGAAAGAGAUAUCAAACAAGCUUUAUCACUUAUAGAACAAAACAUCGAGGACAUCAAGAGAAGUUCAAAACAUUCCAAUAUGGAUAUUGAUUUUUCGUUCCUAGACUGGAUUUAUGCAAUUCGUCAUCCUCAGCAAAGAAAAUUUUAUUCGUUGGAAGAUGUCUUGACUAAUGUCCGUUUCUGGAACGAACGACUGAAAAGUCCUUACUCUCAUUUCUACCUCCUCGUUCUAUUGUUUGCAGUAGCGCUUGAUCCAAACAAACCUUUUGAUAAAGAAAUUCUAAAACAGGCAAUGGAUAUCAAGAAAGAAGCAAUCGAUGUGAAAAAGAUUGGAAAACAGGUAAAUACUCCUUUCCAUCCGAGAGAAUGGUUAGGAAAAGAACAUGGAAUCAGGUGUCUGAUACAGGGAUACACCUUCGAUAGCAAUAUCGAUCGAAUGACGCAUACAGAUGAGGAAAGAAGCUUCGUCCUUGCUGUCUUCAAAGGAACGAUCAAACCACCAAACAAUCUUCGACAAUACGGUUCCAUCAAAAUGUCUGUGGAGGGUAAUGUUAACGUUCCAUUUCAUGUCUCCUUCUGCCCAUUUAAAACAAAUGAAAAGCUUAUUGGAGAAAAAUAUGCAGGAUCUCGAGUCGAGUUCGUUCUCGCAUUCACACUGCGUUCAGGUCUUAAUGCAUACAACGUGAAACUGCUGAAGAAAUCUACAUGCAAAACGUGCGGUGAGAAGGUAGAGAUUGUAAGUGUACAAAAAUAUGAAAUAUGCACUUGCAAAAACAAAGUUGAAAACCAGUUCGCGUUUUCGAAACAAACUCUCAACGAGAGAAGUUAUGAACAUGGAGACCUAGAUGAGUAUCAAUAA